CCGGUGCUAACGGUGCCCAUCGCCCUCAGCCCGCUGACCAAAGUGAAGCUGAUCAACGAGCUGAACGCGCGGGAGGCGGAGCUGGGCGUGAGUGAAGCGGUGUCGUGGCACGCCGAGUACAAGGACAGCGCCUGGGUCUUCAUCGGCGGGCUGCCCUACCAGCUGACAGAGGGGGACGUCAUCUGUGUGUUCUCGCAGUACGGGGAGGUAGUGAACAUUAAUCUGGUGCGGGAUAAGAAGACCGGGAAGUCUAAAGGUUUUUGCUUUCUGUGCUAUGAGGAUCAGAGGAGCACCGUUCUUGCUGUUGAUAACUUCAAUGGGAUCAAGAUCAAAGGAAGGACGAUCCGUGUGGACCAUGUGGCCAACUAUCGGCCUCCCAAGGAUUCGGAUGAUUUGGAUGAUGUCACAAAAGCUCUCCAUGCAAAGGGCUGUGGAGUGAGAACACCACCUCAUACAUCAUCAGAUUCCUCUUUGGAGGAUGAUGACACGCCAGUCCAAAAGCAAAAAGAUAAAGAGAAGAGUAAACGUGAUCGGCAAAAGCAGAGCUCUCAGACUGCAAAGAGAGCAGCAUCUGCUGAAGAGGCACAUCCGAGAAUCAAGAUUAAAAAGGAAAAGGAAGAUCCUGGCUAUGACCGAUAUGCUGGUGGGAGUCAGCAGUCCUGCAGUGAGUCUGAGAGGAAACAUGCGAGCAGGACACAGCGAGAUGAGGAAGAGCAGAGGCACCGGAGGUCUCUGGGGAGGAGAGGGGAAAAGAGCACUCAGGAACACAGAGGGCAGAACGGUUCACGGGAAGAGAGAGGAGAGGUUAGCAGGAAGGGUGAAGGCCACGGUAGCCGGCGAGAAGAGUGUCCUGAAGGAAGCAGAUCCAGGCACCGGUGGGAGAGCAGCACCAGAGAGCCCCAUUCCAAGCAUAGGGAACGUGGUUCCACCAGAGAUUCCAGCCAUCACUGAACCCUGGUGCGAGCACCCUCUGUGCCACAGCUGUGCCCACCAAGAGACAGCUGCACUCUGUGAGCUGCGCCAGGAGCUGUCUGCAGCUUCCUGGUAUGUCCUUGAGGGUACCACAGCUGGUGUUGUGUCAUCUCACACACAAC